GUUCACAGAGCUCACUUCAGAGGGUUUUUUUUUUAAGAGAUCUCGCUGACAGCCGACAAAGGAGCAUCAAAACAGACCAUCCAUCUUAUCUGUAGCCCACCUGGUAAGAUGGUGCGACCGCUGCUUAUCGCCACCUUUCUGAUGAUCAAUCCCACCUGCUCCGAGGCCCUUGGAGACAUGAGCGUAUGUUACAUACUGGAUGGGAUUCUUAUCCUUUACGGCAUCAUUCUCACCGUCUUAUACUGCAGACUGAGGAUGAGUCCAGCCAACAAAACACCCGCCAAUCCCCAUGAGAAGCAGCCCGCAGAAGGAGGCAUCUAUGCGGGUCUGACCUCUCACAGCACGGAUACCUAUGAGACCAUCAAAAUGGAUAAAAAGCCUAUUGUCUGAUGGAGAUUUGGUGUAGAGAGGAUGCUGAGCCCAGAAACACCAGAAUUGAAUCUGUUGAAGCUUUAUACUGUAUAGUAAGUUGUUAACUUGUGCCGGGCAUGUGCAUAGAGUUUCCAUACAUGAUUUUUCUCCCUUUUUGUUGUUGUACAAAUACUACUUUUAUUUCGAAACUUUGUGUUGUGCAUGCAUCAAAUGUUAAAAUUAAAUUAAUUUGACAAUUUACUUAUAAAUGCGAUGUAGGAGUGUUUUCACUGCACGUCGCUCUGUUUUUCACAGCUGAUUUUACCCAAGUAACCAAGAAAACAAGUUUAAAUGUGUCUUUUUUUUCUGUGUAUGUGUUCCCCUUUUUGGUAAAAUGACCGACCUCAUAAGCAGACGAGCAACUAUGAUUCUUUUUAUUAACAGUUAAUCUGCUCAUUAUUUGUUUUAUUAAUAUUUUGGUUUGUAAAAUGUCAGAACAUUUUGAAAAAAAAAAAAAAAGUCACAAUUUACUAAAGUCUACGGUGACGUCUUAAAUGUCUUGUUUUGUCUGACCAACCAUCUACAACCCGAAAGAUAUUUAGUUUACAAUGAUAUCAAAGAAAAUCAGCAGAUUCUCACGAAUAAGAAGCUAAAUUUAAGUUUAUUCAUACAUUUUCCGUCGAUCAACUAAUUGAUUAAUCAGCUAAACUUAGAAACUUGAUUUGAGUUACAAAGUGCUUCACAGUAAAAACAAAUAAUAAACGUAUAUAAAAUCCAAAGAUGUAAAACAAGAUCAAAUAAGUAAAAUCAUUACAACAAAUACCAUCAGUUAGGAAACACAUGGCGCAUUAGUUUAGCAAACAAAACUUGGGAAAAUAUACUUAGAAGCUCAAGCUGAUUCAAGUGAAUUUGAUUCAGUUUGGCUUGAUAUUUUGACGCAUCAAGCUGGUCAUCCUAUUACUGCGUUUCAUACACACCAGUUUUGUGUGAACAACUUUUAUGUAUUUAAGUUUUAUUAAGAAGAGUAUGACCUAGACCUGCUCUAUGAAAAGUGCAAUGAGACAACUUCUGUUGUGAAAUGGCUCUAUAUAGAUUCAACUGAAGAGAAUUGAAUUAUGUCAAUAUUAAAUACUGCAAUUCCCAAAAAAAUAUCAACUACUAUUUUUACUUGUUAUAGAUGUAUAUAUGCUUUCUGUUGUGUUAUGGCAGAAAUCCGUAACAUUUGUAACUGUACAUGUUCAUUUUGUUCAUAUCACCUCCAUUUUUUAAUUAGUUUAAAUCUUUGGGAAAAAAAACAUUACAAUUAAUCAGAAUUGAGGUUUUUUUUUUCAGAUAUAGAGAGUUCAAAGUAUUCAGUACAUAGAACAUCUCAUUUCAUGUCCCAGAAAUGUUCCUUUAAAACAGGAAAACUGAUAACAGCCGCAGCACCAGAGGGCAAUCACACGCUUUCGCUGUAAAAAGUACUUGUUUCAUUCUGUGUGACAGCUGAUCCUCACCCACUUAUUUACAUAGAAACAUACAAGUAUUCAAAACAGAUUCAUUCAUGCACUCUGGCUGUGAACCGUUCCCCCCGAGGCUCUUCACAGUGACACAAGAAACUCGCUCACCUAUUCUGCUGUUGGUUGCAAGUAACCCCCUAAGUUGUGAAGCAGGACAAGGUUGAAAGACUCAGUUUUGGGGGGCAUUCAUUGCUGCAUUUACAUAAUGAAGAAAAUUGUAUUUAUUAGCCUAGAUGUUUUCUAAGUCAUCAAUGAUAUUCUCACUAUCAGUAAACAUGCCGCAUUGAGAGAAGUAGCCUACUUUUGUUUUUUUGCAAAAAGACAAUAAAUGUAUUUGAGUCAA